GCUCCCCGUACCUGCCUCUGACUCUGCUUAAUUGAAACCCAGACACAAUGGCAACACCGAAGAUUAUUUUGCCCGAGAAGGGCAAACAGAAUAUUCUGAUCACCAGCGCAUUACCAUACGUCAAUAAUGUUCCCCACCUUGGAAAUGUCGUCGGCAGCGUGCUCAGUGCAGACGUUUUUUCGAGGUUCAGCAAGCUACGAGACAGACCAACCCUCUUCGUCUGCGGAACAGACGAGUACGGAACGGCUACAGAAACGAAGGCACUCGAGACGGGGCAAACGCCAAAAGAGCUCUGCGACGAAUUUCACCUGAAGCAUAAGGAAGUUUACGACUGGUUCGAGAUCGCAUUCGAUUAUUUCGGCCGAACCACGACAGAGCAGCAGACGGUCAUUGCGCAAGAUAUCUUCACGAAGCUGUAUAAGAAUGGGUAUUUGGAAGAGCGCACGACUACACAACCAUACUGCGAAAAACACGAAUCCUUCCUGGCGGACCGCUUCGUCGAAGGCACGUGUCCAAAAUGCCAAUACGACGAUGCGCGAGGAGACCAAUGUGACAAGUGUGGAAGUCUUCUGGACCCAUUUGAACUGAUCAACCCUCACUGCAAGAUAGAUGGUGCAACACCAGUUCCGCGAGAGACGACCCACAUCUUCCUGCUGCUCAACAAGGCACAACCUGCAAUUGAGGAGUGGUUUUCAAAAUCAAGUGUUCAAGGAGCGUGGCCACAAAAUGGUGUCAGCAUUACACGGUCGUGGUUGGAAAAGGGACUGGAAGGCCGAAGUAUUACAAGAGAUUUGAAAUGGGGCACGCCGAUUCCACUGCCAGGGUACGAGAAGAAAGUGUUGUACGUUUGGUUCGACGCCUGCAUUGGUUAUCCCUCGAUCACUGCCAAUUACACAAAGGAUUGGGAGCUAUGGUGGCGCGACCCGGAGAACGUCAAGCUUUAUCAAUUCAUGGGCAAGGACAAUGUACCGUUCCAUACGGUCAUUUUCCCGGGUUCGCAGAUGGGAACCGGGGAUAAAUGGACUAUGCUCAACCACCUUUCAACCACGGAAUACCUGAACUAUGAGACCGGGAAGUUUUCAAAGUCAAGAGGUGUCGGCGUCUUUGGGGAUGGUGCCAAGGAGACUGGUAUUCCUCCGUCGGUGUGGAGAUAUUACUUGCUCGCAAAUCGACCAGAAACAGGAGACACCCAAUUCGAAUGGAAGAGCUUCAUAUCAGCGAACAACAGCGAGCUGUUGGCCAACCUUGGCAAUUUUGUCAACCGUCUCGUCAAGUUCGUCAAUGCUAAACUCGGUGGGACUGUUCCUGAGUUCUCUGACGAUUAUACCGACGACACAUUUGAUUUCCCAGCCUGGAUCGCUGAAGUUAACAAGCUGCUCGGCGAGUAUGUGGCUGACUUGGAAGCUGUGCACUUGCGAUCUGGAUUGAAAAAGCUCAUGGAGAUUUCAUCAGCAGGAAAUCUUCUGCUUCAAUACCGCCUUGACAAUGCCAAUCUUGCCAGCAAUCCGACAAGAACGCAGACUAUCGCUGGACUUGCCCUCAACCUAGCAUACCUUCUUGCCUCUAUUGCGUCCCCAUUCAUGCCAUCAACUGCUGAAUCAAUUGUUCAGCAACUAAAUGCUCCUCUUGCCCAUAUCUCAGACAAGUGGAAUCCGUCUGCAUUGAAGAGUGGCCACAAAAUUGGAAAGGCGGCAUACCUCUUCACUCGCAUCCCAGAAGAGAAAGAAGAAGAAUGGCGCAACAAGUAUGGCGGUACUCAAGCUCAGCGACAAGAAGAGGAAGCUGCCAAAGCCAAGAAAGCUGCGGACAAAGCGAGAGACAGAGAGCGCAAGAAAGCUAAGUUACUGAUACCAUUCCAGAAGGAGGCUGCUAAGGCUGGCGGGUCAAGCACCGAUACAAAACCUGCUAGCAAGAAGGACGAGGAAGUGGAAAUCCCGUUGAGGGGUAAAGUAGCUGAAGAGCAGGCGCCUCCGCCUGCGGCUGCUCCAUAAAGGGGGAUAUUAUAAAAUAUGUGCAUAAGUGGCGUUAAUGAUUUGGACGGAAGGGUAGCAAGGGUUACCUCGGAUGCUGGUUGGAGCUGGAGCUGGAGCGUGCUUUUCGUUUGUUGGCGGUAGAAAAAGAUAGCCUUU